UAUGGAUAGAUUGAGAGAGAACUUUUCAUUGAAUUUGCUUCAAAUGAUUUGGACAGUUCGUUUACUCUUUUAAGGUAGUCUUCUCGGUCUCAAUUAGUAUUUUUUUUCUUACAAAAAUAGGGAGUAAAGAAAGAUCUUUCCCCUCUCUCUCUCUCUCCUUCCAUUAUUGAUCUCCAGCAGCAUCUAAAUCUGCAAUAGAAGGGAGGGCAUGAUUCCUCGUAGUGUCUCUCUAAUUUUUCUCCUGCUAUUUCUAGUCCCUGAAAUAGCAACUGUAUCAGCACUUAUGACGAAGCCUAAUUGUACAGAGACUUGUGGAAACAUUAGCAUCCCUUUUCCAUUUGGAAUAGGAACAGGUUGUUCCAUGAAUGACUGGUUCUCAGUUGAUUGCAACAAAACAACUGCGGAUUCUCCCAGCAGGGCUUUCUUAAGCAGAAUCAACAUGGAGGUCUUGGGUAUUUCAUUAGGGAGCAGUAGGGUUCGAGUAAACAGUCCAAUAAUUUCCUCCGGCUGUUCUGGUAGAGGUGCCAACUUAGCCUUUGAUAUGACUGGAAGUCCUUUCGUCUUCUCUUCGUUAAAUAUCUUCAUCGCAAUGGGCUGCAACAAUCAUGCUUUAUUGAACCGAAUUGAGCCAGAAGUUGUUGGGUGCACGUCAACUUGCGGUGCUAAUAAUUUGACUAGUUCUAUUACAGAAGGCAAAGAAAAGAGGUACUGUUCUGGUAACAAUUGCUGCCAGACCAGAAUUCCCUCGAAUCUGCAGGUGUUCAACGCGAGUUUGGGGACCACAGAGGACCCUAAUGAUCAAGGAAGAAAUCAAUGCAAGGUAGCUUUUAUAGUAGACCGAGGAUGGUCCCUGGACAACAUAAAAAGUCCCGAGGCGGUGCAAGAUAGGCAGCAUGUCCCAGUAAUCCUGGAUUGGUUUGUGUAUAGUGAUAACAUCCGUGUGGAGAAUUCUGAUGCAAAGAAUUGCAGGCCCCCUGUGCAAUUACCUUCUGGUAGGUGGGGUUUGAGUACAUUAACAUUGUAUUCCAAUUCAACUACUUGUAGUUGCAACCUGGGCUAUGAUGGCAAUCCGUAUCUUCCUGAUGGAUGCACUGAUAUCGAUGAGUGCAAAAAUCUCAAUGGAAAUUGGUGUUCGGGGAUGACAAAAUGUGUGAAUGUACCGGGUGGGUACAAGUGCGAGCUCGACAAAGCUAAGAUCACUUUCUUGAUUCUAGGUGCGGCCACUGGAUUGUUGUUGCUGCUUGUUGGUAUUUGGGGGUUAUAUAAACUUGUAAGAAAAAGGAAGAACAUUGAACUGAAGAAGAAGUUCUUCAAACAAAAUGGUGGUUUAUUGCUGCAGCAACAAUUAUCCUCGAGUGAUGGAAGCAUUCAGAAAACAAAAAUAUUUACUUCCAAGGAGUUGGAAAAGGCAACCGAUCGUUUUAAUGAUAAUAGAAUACUUGGUAAAGGUGGCCAAGGAACUGUUUAUAAAGGAAUGCUAGCAGAUGGAAUGAUUGUUGCUGUUAAAAAAUCCAAAAUAGUGGAUGAAGAAAAGUUGGAAGAAUUCAUCAAUGAGGUCGUCAUCCUUUCACAAGUUAAUCAUAGACAUGUGGUCAAGUUGCUAGGUUGUUGUUUAGAGACAGAGGUUCCUCUACUAGUCUAUGAAUUCAUUCCCAAUGGAAAUCUCUAUGAGUAUAUUCAUGACCAGAAGGAGGAGUUCGAGUUUUCAUGGGAAAUGCGACUAAGGAUUGCUACUGAAGUUGCUAGGGCACUUUCUUAUCUUCAUUCCGCAGCAUCCAUUCCGGUUUAUCACCGUGAUAUUAAGUCUACAAAUAUACUGUUAGAUGAGAAGCUCAGAGCAAAAGUAUCAGAUUUCGGAACUUCAAGAUCGAUCGCCAUUGAUCAAACUCAUCUAACCACUCAUGUUCAAGGCACUUUUGGAUACUUUGACCCAGAGUACUUCCAAUCCAGCCAAUUUACCGGAAAAAGUGACGUCUACAGUUUUGGUGUUGUUCUUGCAGAGCUCUUGAGUGGGCAAAAACCAAUUUCUUAUGAAAGGUCGGAAGAGAGGGGAAGUUUAGCCACUCAUUUUAUUCUUUUGAUGGAAGAGAACAAGAUAUUUGAUAUUCUUGAUGAACGACUUAUUGGGCAGGAGCGUGAAGAAGAAGUUAUCGCAGUCGCUAACCUUGCUAGAAGAUGCCUGAACUGGAAUGGAAAGAAACGGCCAACCAUGAGAGAAGUCGCGAUAGAGUUGGAGCAGAUUCGGCUGUCAAAAGGAGCUCUUCAAGCACAACGAAGUAGUAAACAACUCGAAAACAUCAGACAUGAAGUUCCCAACGUUUGGGAAAAUAUUGCUGGGCCUCCUACUUCAGUAACAAUUGGCGAUUUUAGAAAUGGCACGGGUCCAUCUUUGGAUGUCCAGCCAUUGAUUUCUCACGAAACAUGGUGAUUAAGUACAUCCAUGACAUUCAUGUUCAUUUGGUUUGCCUGAGUUUUAGACAAUUUUAUAAUUUUCUCGUUGUAUUUCCCUUCAUCAGACGUUCCGAAACUCAUCGAACAUGUAUAAUUAGUAUUUUGUGCCUUGUGGUAGUUCUAUCAAUUUAUGAUCUCUCCGUGUGAUUUUAUCA